AGUAGGCAUUGUAAGCUAUUAUCAUAAGGGCAACAUUACAGUUCGAGAUUAUAUAAUCAUGGAUGCAUACCAACAAUUAAAUAAAAAGACAAUACUGAACAGAAAGAAAAUAAAAGGCCAAAUAUACGAAAAAAUCAUUCUUUGACGUUUCCAUAGCAUUCAUGGAGCAUUUCCGACACUGGCGAGGAGAACCUGAAGCAGCCGCGUGUGUUCAUGUCCGCCCCCUUCUCCUGCAGCAGCCAAUUGGAUUCCUCCUGGUAACACGCGUUUCUACGACACUCUGCUGCUACGAACUUGGUCCCAGUUUCAUAUCUGUCAUUUGCGCUGAAUAAGAUUUCGAAAUGUCUAUCCGUGCCUUAGAAAUCCUCUUUUUCUUUUAUUUUGCGUCUCAUAUUCCUAUAACACUAUUUAUUGACUUUCAAGCCCUGCUACCCGGAGUUGUGUACCCUCAGCCGCUGAAGGAUUUCCUGAGGUGGUAUGCAGAUGAGUUCAAAGACCCCAUGAUGCUGGACCCUCCACAGUGGUUCAAAUCUUUUAUUUUCUGCGAGGCUUUCUUUCAAACGCCUUUUUUCCCUGUUGCAGCUUAUGCUUUCAUUAAAGGUGGCUGUAAAUGGAUCAGGACUCCUGCCAUCAUUUACUCCACACAUGUAGCCACCACGCUGUUCCCCAUCCUCGCUCACAUCCUCUUCUAUCAGUUCCCUAUGAAACCCCACCCUGGUCCCCAGACCCAGCAGGAGCGCUGGCUACUGUUCUCCAUAUAUGUUCCCUACCUGCUGGUUCCUGUGCUGCUGCUCCUCACCAUGUUGCUGUCGUCCACUUACAACUCCACCUCUAAGCCUGCACACACACCGGCCAAAUCCAAGAAAAGGAACUAAAAAAAAAAUCACACUACAGCUGUCUAAAUUACUCUGAUUUUAGGAAGAGUUUUUCAGAAUGAGCACUACAACAAUAGUUUGUUGAACAGGUUUUAUGUCUUUAUCAGUACCAAAAAUGUAACAGACCUAUUAAUUCGUUUUAUUAAUUACACCUGCGAUCACAAGUGAAACUAUGCCAUGAAAAACGUUUAAAGCCCUGCUGUUUUCUGUGUUCUGGUGUUCUUUAAAAAAAAUGUCAUUUAAAGUUAGUUAGUUAAGGAAGAAGCUGUGUGUUAUUGCUGCACAUGCAUUGUAUCGUCUACAAAAUAGAGAUGAGGAGAGCAGAAUUUUAACUAUAUAUUUGUGUGUUUGGUUUUAAAUCAGUUUGCAUUUGGCAGAAUCAUGUCUGCGUUCAUACUGCCCUCUACAACAUGUGGAAGAGAUAGCACUGGAGUUUGACCUUUUAUUAUUUUAUGUAGCACAGAGAGAUUAUUCCCCAAAAUGCUGGAGUUUCCUUUAAAACUAUAGUAUGUAUGUCUUACAUUUAAAUAUUGUCGACCAUAAAAACUGUUUGUAUUUGGUUAUUUAAUGGAAAUAAAUACCUUACCAAAGUAGA